CUCACGGGAAGCCAUGUUAAAGUUAUAGUCAAGUACUGAGACUGAGAUUCCCUUCUGACGCCGUAUGUUUAUUUUUUUGCUCUUUUCUCAUUUCGUUCGCGUCAGGGACCCCAGCAAAUCUAACACCGUUAGUCAGAGGCCGGAGUCCCCACGAUGAACUCAAGUUUCGAUUUGUCCAGGCGAAAUCCGCAAGAGGAUUUUGAGCUUAUCCAGAGGAUAGGCAGCGGGACCUACGGAGAUGUUUACAAGGCCCGUAAUGUCACUACAGGAGAGCUGGCUGCUAUCAAGGUCAUUAAACUGGAGCCAGGCGAGGACUUCGCAGUGGUUCAGCAGGAAAUAAUCAUGAUGAAAGACUGCAAGCACUCUAACAUUGUGGCCUAUUUCGGUAGUUACUUAAGGAGGGAUAAAUUAUGGAUAUGCAUGGAAUACUGUGGAGGAGGUUCAUUGCAAGACAUAUAUCACGUGACCGGGCCACUAACAGAAUCACAGAUAGCAUAUGUAACAAGAGAAACCCUUCAGGGUUUAUAUUACCUGCACAACAAAGGAAAGAUGCACAGAGACAUAAAGGGUGCCAAUAUUUUAUUGACGGACAAUGGUUAUGUCAAGCUAGCUGACUUUGGUGUAUCUGCACAGAUCACAGCAACACUAGCUAAACGAAAAUCCUUUAUUGGGACGCCAUACUGGAUGGCUCCAGAAGUGGCUGCUGUGGAGAGGAAAGGAGGCUACAAUCAUCUGUGUGAUAUCUGGGCUGUCGGCAUCACUGCCAUUGAACUAGCUGAACUGCAGCCGCCAAUGUUUGACCUGCACCCAAUGAGGGCUCUGUUUUUGAUGACGAAAAGCAACUUUCAACCCCCCAAAUUAAAAGACAAAGUUAAAUGGACCAAUAAUUUCCACAACUUUGUGAAGCUGGCGUUGACAAAAAGUCCAAAGAAACGGCCGCCAGCGGAUAAGUUACUGCAGCAUCCUUUAGUCUCCCAACCACUGAGUCGUAUUUUGGCGAUUGAGCUGCUGGACAAAGCGAACAACCCAGACCACUCGUCCUACACAGACCUGGACGAUGACGACCCAGAGCCGGAGUUUAAAUACAGAGGCUUGUUUUUACCAGUCUCUCCUCUCUCAAGACGAGUCCUUCGCUUUGCAGCUCGCAGAAAGCCUCCAGUGUCUGUUCCGCACCGGAUUCGCUCAACGAGCCGCACGAGUCGGGAAGGGAAAACUCUGUCAGAGAUUAACUUCGGUCAGGUGAAGUUUGACCCUCCUUUAACAACAGAGACGAAGCCGCAUCAUGAACCGCUCGACACUGACGAUUUUUUGGACUGUGCCGAAGAAAUAUACUACACUGCAAGAUCUAAUCUGGAUUUGCAGAUGGAUUAUGAGCAGGGAUCCCCUAAAGGCUCAAUAUUGGGAGGAAAUAAGAGCCUCUUGAAAUCUGUUGAAGAAGAGCUGCAGCAGAGGGGGCAUGAGGCUCAUUUGGAGGAUGAUGAUGAGGGUGAAGAUGAUGGUGAUGAUCAUGAUGAUGAAUUGCAACACACGAAAAGCUCCACUAUGAGGCCCAAGGUCCCUCCACCUCUUCCUCCCAAGCCAAAGCCCAUUCCCGGACCACACCAAAGCCCCUCUGCUGAUCCCGACAGGAAUAACCAGGGCACAAUAAAGCGCUGCCCGGAGCCCGAAAGCCCUGCUCGAUCGUCCACCAGCGUCCCUCCUCGACCUCCACCUCCUCGACUGCCUGCAUACAAGCUCAGCAGUUUAGGUAAUGAGACCAAUCGGGAAGAGCACGGCCUGUGGGGAGCCCAGGGGGAUGCUGGGAUAUGUAGUCAGUUCGACCAGAGGCUUCAAGUCUCGUUUGACGAUGAGGAAAAUCAUGAUGAGGAAGAAAACAGCAAUGGAACAAGCCCUUCUGAACACUCUCCGUCAACAGAGAAACAGUCCACGAUGCCCCCUGCUGUUCCUGUACCAAAGGACAAGAAAGAUUUUCCUAAACCCAUCAGCAAUGGUCUUCCCCCAACUCCAAAGGUUCAUAUGGGAGCAUGUUUCUCAAAAGUCUUCAAUGGCUGCCCAUUAAAAAUACACUGCGCUACCUCAUGGAUCAACCCUGACACACGAGACCAGUAUCUGAUAUUUGGAGCGGAGGAAGGCAUUUACACAUUAAACCUGAAUGAGCUGCACGAGACCUCCAUGGAGCAGCUUGUCCCCAGGAGAUGUACUUGGCUGUAUGUCCUAAGCAACAGCCUGCUAUCAAUAUCUGGAAAAGCUUGUCAUCUGUACUCUCACAGUUUGUCCGGUCUGUUCGAACACGCUCGACAAAUGCAGAAACUGCCUGUUGCGAUCCCGACACACAAACUGCCUGAUAAAAUGAUCCCCAGGAAGUUCUCAGUGUCCAAUAAGAUCCCUGAAACUAAAGGCUGUCAGAAGUGCUGUGUAGUGAGGAAUCCAUAUACUGGCCACAAGUACCUGUGCGGUGCCUUUCAGUCCAGCAUUGCUCUUUUUGAGUGGGUGGAGACCAUGCAGAAAUUCAUGUUGGUCAAGAGCAUAGACUUCCCCCUGCCGUGCCCGCUGGAGGUGUUUGAGAUGCUGGUGGUUCCUGAGCAUCAGUAUCCACUCAUCUGCAUCGCCGUCAGCAAAGGCACAGAGCUCAACCAGGUGGUGCACUUCGAGACCCUCAACCCCAACUCCACCUCCAACUGGUUCGAUUCUGAUACCCCACAGAGUUGUGUGAUCCAUGUGACUCAGCUGGAGAGAGAUACGAUAUUAGUCUGCUUAGAUCGGUGCAUUAAGAUUGUGAAUCUGCAAGGCCGCCUGAAGUCCAGUCGAAAACUCUCUGCAGAACUGACUUUUAACUUUCAGAUUGAAUCGAUAGUUUGCCUUCAGGACAGCGUGUUGGCCUUCUGGAGGCACGGUAUGCAAGGACGCAGCUUCAAAUCCAAUGAGAUUACACAGGAGAUUUCUGACAACUCCAGGAUAUUCAGGCUGCUGGGUUCAGACAGAGUGGUGGUUUUGGAGAGCCGGCCGACAGACAAUCCCACAGCACACAGCAACCUCUACAUCCUGGCAGGCCAUGAAAACAGCUACUGACCGCAAUGCAUCCUGGGUAAAAACACUACAUGCCAAAAUGCAGGAUUACAAGAGCCUUAGGUUCCAUGUGACCCAGUAACAACUGACCACAACUCUGAAGAACCACAGAUAUGCUCUUUCUGGACCACUGAGAGCCCAGAGGAGGACUUGAAUGGAUAUGAAGAACGGGAUGAUGGGUUCUCAGAGAACAGACCGGCCAUAAUCACACCACACACUACAGUAUGCACUUUCACCCUUACCUGCUGCAGACGCCAACAUUUGAUUCGGCUUUGAGCAGUUUUAAUUUAUUUUUAGCUGAAAUACGCAUCACAUCCAUUUUAUUUUAUUUUAUUUUGAUACGGUCUGUUUGAUUUCUGCUUCGUGUGCUUUGCCAUCUGUUGUUUUGCUUCACCUUUUUUUCUUUGCUCUUUGCUCUGAUCUUUCUGUUUUGAAUUUUGUUUUGUAUGCUUUACUCUCAGUUGCUUAAUUUAUUUGUUUUACCUUGCUUUUUUAUUUUAUUUUACAUUGCUUUUAUCCUUUGUUAUAUUUUGGUUUGGGUUUUUUUGUUUGUUUUGCUUUACUUUUUGUGCUUUGCUUAGUUUCAUUUUCAUUUGUUUAACUUUUAUUUUAUUUUUAUUUUACUUUGCUCUUGUUCUUUUUGUUUUGCAUUUUGUUUGUAUGUUUGUUUGUAUUGCCUUGUUUUGGUUGUUCUGUUUUGUUUUGCUUUGCUUUAGUUUUAUUUACUUUUGUUUAGCUUUUUCGAUUAUUUUUCUUUGAUUUUUGUUAAUCUUUUAUUCUGUUUUGUCCACUACUCUCACUUGACGCUAAUCACACAAGUGCUUGAAGACACAUAUUUAAUUCAUGUACAUACAGACGUAGUAUUGUUAAGUUGUGCUCUUUGUAUCAAUCGUGUAGAUUUCAGCACAUUUAUAUAUUGUACAGGUUUGUGGCAGCGUUUGGCUGUUGUAAAGGACUGUGAGAUGCUGGUACUACUUAAAAUGAUCUCUAGGGCCGCAUAAAUUCUGUUAUAUGCAAUAGUUUAGGAAUUACAAAGCUGAAGUGCCCAUCUUCCGAGACUUGCCUUCUUAAUGUCUAUUUUUUUUUUAAUUUGUA